AUGGUGAAACUAGAGACGUUCGCAGUCGAGCAGUGGAUGGACAAGUAUGAGACGACUGCCAAAUACAAUACCGCCGAGACCUGCUGCGCAUCCAUUUCCAUUGACGACCUCCGCGAGCUCUCCGAGGACAAGGACGUCAACCCAUUGACCGCACUGCAGUCGACUAAGCUCACAUACGGAGCCAUCCGAGGCUCUGAUAAGCUGCGGGGGACACUUAGCAACCUCUACUCGGUGAAAACUCCAGGUUUGGUCCCAAAGGACAAUAUUUUGAUCACGGGAGGUGCCAUUCAGGCCAAUUUCUUGUUGCUGUAUACUCUCGUUGGGCCUGGUGACCAUGUUAUCUGCCACUACCCUACAUACCAGCAGCUUUACUCGGUCCCUGAAUCGCUGGGGGCUGAAGUUAGCUUGUGGAAGUCUAAGGAGGCUAAUGACUGGCAACUGGAUAUCGAGGAGCUAAAGAGCCUCAUUCGCCCGAACACCAAGUUGAUCAUCAUCAACAACCCUCAGAACCCGACAGGUGCCAUUAUCCCCCGCGACACGCUCCAGAGUCUCGUUGAAAUUGCCCGCGAGUCUUCGAUUACCCUCUUCGCCGAUGAGGUUUACCGUCCUCUUUUCCACAACAUCAGCCCCAUGGACUCCCAAUUCCCCCCAUCUCUUCUUUCCUUCGGCUACGAACACAGCGUGGUGACUGGGUCGGUUUCCAAAGCAUACAGUCUAGCCGGUCUUCGAGUGGGUUGGAUUGCAUCUCUCAGUGAAACCAUCAUCGAAGCUUGUGCCAACUCUCGCGAUUACACUACUAUCUCUGUCGGUCAAAUCGAUGACGCAGUUGCUAGCUUUGCGCUUGCCCCGGAGUGCAUCCAUAACCUCUUGAAGCGCAAUAUCGAGCUGGCACGGACGAAUCUCGCAAUUCUGGAGAAGUUCAUUGAAUCUCAUCGCUGGGCGUGUGACUGGAUCAAGCCCCGCGCGGGUACCACGGCAUUUGUCCGUUUCAAUAAGAUGGGCAAGCCAGUGAAUGAUGUCGUUUUCUGUGAGAUGCUUCAAGAGGGGAAGGGCGUGAUGUUUGUGCCGGGUAGCCUUUGUUUCGGAGGAGGCGAGGACUUCAAGGGAUAUGUUCGCGUAGGAUAUGCCUGCGAGACCGAAGUAUUGGAGAAGGGUCUCGAGGCACUCCGGGAAUUCAUGGAAGAUGAUUAUGAUGAAGUCCCUGCAUUGAAGAAGGCUAAGGCAGCCCAAUAG